GGCGUCGAAGAGAUGGAGGACUGUUUCGUUGUAACCUAACGAAAGUUGUCAUAAAAAUGGCAAGGGUACCAUUCUGUCGUCUUAAAAAUGGUCUGGAAAUUCGUCGAAUUUUAAACGGAAUGUGGCAAGUCUCUGGUAGUCAUGGACCGAUUAAUCCAAACAAGGCCUCGAGAGAGAUGUUCAAGUAUUACGAUGCGGGUUUGACAACUUUUGACAUGGCCGAUAUAUAUGGGCCUGCUGAGGACAUCUUUGGCGAUUUUCUAGAGCAUUUGAAAGCUGAACGAGGGGAGGAAUCUGCAGGAAAAGUGCAAGCACUGACUAAGUGGGUGCCACAGCCAGGACCAGUCACAAGAGGGAUUACCAAAGGACGUGUCCGCCUUGCCAUGAAAAGGAUGGGUGUUGACAAGCUUGAUAUGUUACAGUUCCACUGGUGGGAUUACUCUGAUGAUAGAUACCUUGAUGCACUGACUUACCUCAGUGAACUGCAAGCUGAAGGUCUCAUUGGAGAGAUUGCAUUAACCAACUUUGACACCCAGCACCUCAUGGAAAUCUUAAAAAGGGGAAUCUCCAUCUCAACCAAUCAAGUACAGUAUUCUAUCAUUGACCGUCGCCCUGAGGUGAAAAUGGUCGAACUUUGUCGUGAACACGGUAUUAAGCUCUUAGCUUAUGGCACGUUAGGUGGGGGAUUGAUAUCUGACCAAUAUCUGAACCAGAAAGAACCAGUUCGAAGAUCAGAACUCCCAACAGCUUCUCUUGCUAAGUAUAAGCAGAUGAUUGAUGCCUGGGGCAGUUGGGAGCUGUUUCAAGAACUCCUGUCUAGUUUGUCUGAGGUUGCACAGGCUCAUAACAGCACCAUAGCUAAUGUUGCUUGUCGUUAUAUUUUGGACAAGCCAGAAGUUGCUGGCAUCAUAAUUGGCUGCAGGUUUGGUGUGCCAGGAGCUGAGCAUAUUGAGGAAAAUCUAAAACUUCUUGACUUGGAACUCACCUCAGAGGAAAUCCAGAAAAUUGAACAAACUCUUAGUAAAGGAAAUGACUUGUUUGAGACUACUGGUGACUGUGGGGACGAGUACAGGUAGCAUGGGUCUUUGUUUGUUUUUCCUGAUAAGGAAUUUCUAAAUGGAUGCCACAUUCUGGUUGGUUAGUGAUUUAAACAUUCUUAUACAGAUGAGAAAUGAAUAAAUUUUAAGGUGUUUUUGUAACACCUUUUUUCCACUCA